AUGGCCUCGUUCUCAUCUUGUGCACGUAUUCUUUAUAACACUUCUAAUGUUGAUCGCGCCUUACACACAGUUGUUCACUGCAGCGAUGGGAAAUACGUGGAAGUGCCAAGGGAGGUUUCUGAGAAAUGCACUUUUAUUGAAAAGACCGACGACGAGACAAUUCCUGAAUUUGACUACCCUGCAGCUGUUCUUGAAAAUCUUGUCUGUUGGACGGAACACUAUGGCAUGGAUGGUGUUGCCGAAAGCGAAAUUGUAAGACCAUGUAUUUACCGAAAUAUUCUUCAUGUUUUGAAGAACAAAUGGGAUAAUGGUUUUUUCGUCUUUCGUCUUACCAGUGAACUAAAUAUUGGGCACUAUCUUCAGACCAUAAACGCAGCAGAAAAAUUUAAUAUGAAAGGUCUCCACGACUUUCUUUGUGUCGGCCUCAGCUGCAAGCUUCGCAAUGAAGAGGAUACAGAGAUCAUUCAGAAGAUUAUGGGAAUACCGGCCGAUGAGGAAGUGGAACCAGAGGAUAUUGAAAAGGCAACAACACGGUAUCCUUGGCUAAAUGAGGCUAUUGAACCGGUUGUAAGGAAGUAA